GGUUAAUUCAUUAAACUGGAGCACUUCUUGUGUGCAGGAUACGAAGCGCCACGCCAACAAAGACUAAAGAUCCGCGAAUUCUCGUGGUGUUGUUGAGCAUUAUUGAAGCUUGGCCUCGAUAAACUAAGUGCGUGACAUUGCGGUUGUUAACUCCGUGCUGUACUUACGGAGUAGACAUGGUCGGCGUUUGUCCAGCACGGCUGCGGGGGGGUUCAAGACUUGAUCUACAGUUAAGGGAGCUAACUACCUGUCACAAUCGCUAGUGAUGCCCCUAGCAGUCGGGAACUACGCUAUGUGGAAUCAUCAUUAGGAUAGGGGAGAACUCUUGCAUCCUUGGAUUCGAAAAAUUCUCCUUGAGUAACAGCAGCGUCAGAAAACACAUUUAAAAUAAGGCUUUCGUGGUCUUCUUUGAACCCUGCUCGUUGGAGCUGUGCAGCAUAAAUCCAGUUGUCUCGCCGAGUGGUUGGGUCAUCGACUAUUGAGAUCAAGAAUUUUAAAAGGAGCAGCUCCAAGACAGUGUCAAAAUCUGGCUUGCUAAGUGAUUCUUGGCUUCCUAUGAAUUAAAUAGCUAUGGAGAUUGCCUUCAUCACAAUAUCUGAUUCUUCUCAAGAUGCUCGAAUACGAUAUGUUUCCAAUUCAAUCGAGGAUCUUCUUGGAUAUCAGCCCCAUGAAGUCAUCAACAGGUCUGGAUGGGAAUUUUUACAUCCAGAUGAAAUUUCACUGGCAAAAGGGAUUUAUCAACGUGCAGUCCGUCAAGACAAAGCUGCAGCGUUGAACCAUUUCCGUGUCAGACACAGAGCGGGCUUUUGGGUUUCUUGCGAGUGCGUAUUUACCGUGGUAUGCAACACUCUUUUCGCACGGACGACAGUUUGCCGAGAAGGAUUAAAAUGUAAAAGUAAGCACUUGUGCAAACCGUAACUUGUCUAUACCGGAUAUUAACAACCAGCCAAAAUUCCUUUCGAUUCGAAGAGCGUGUCGCUGCUAGUUAUGUGGUGAGAAGGCUUCUCUCCUCUUCGCCAUACGAUCCCCAUUAUCGUAUGGUCUGUUCUCUUUCCAGCAAAUUCUCACGGUCAUCAAAUUCUUCGGUUCCUGAACCACGUGCAGCCUUGGUUCUAAAUCGGUUUACCCGGUCCUCAACUAUCGUUUUUGCGACUAGUAAUGUAGCAGAGAUCCUAGGUGUAACUCCAAACCAGCUUGUUUCACGGAGCUUUUAUGCUUUCGUGGAAGAAUGUUGUUUGACACAAGCGGCCCGAUGUCUGGAGGAAAGCAAAAUGCAUGACACAAUUGCAUACCUGCGCGUUCGGUUACGAACUAUGCUUGCAGAAUACGAUGAUGAGCCUGAAGUUAUUGAAAAGGUCGACGAACUCAUUGGAAGAAAUGGUUAUGAAACCGAAGGUGGCUCUCCCGUAUACUUGCCCGGCACGAUCAUUAGGGAUAGUGAUCGGAAUCCUUGCAACUUCCGCCAACACGACCUCCAUUGCAAAACAUGCAGUACGACAUCGGAAACAGCUCAGAGCGCUCGGGAAUCCUCGUGGCCGGAAACGUCACGGCAUGCGGAAAUCGAAGCCGUAAUUACUUGCGCAUCGGAUGGCAUAAUCGUUGCUCUAAGGCGUGCCCGACCACUCAUCCCAGGGCUUAUCCCACCGGAGAGCUAGUCAGUGCUUUAAUGCGAGCCACCAUAGAGUUUCAUAGGGGAAAAUUUCACUUUGAAUGUGUGAGGGAGCAGGAGGCGUUAGCAGUUAUAGAGGGCCCUCCGCCUCCCAAUUCCAUGGGUCGUCAUGCGCUUUUAUAUUAGAAAACCAAGAUCUUCAAGUUUUGGG